ACAGUUAUUAACGGUUGUUAUAAGAAUACUGUGAUGAUGAGCAUCCUACACAGAUCUCUCUACUCAAGCGUGUUUAAAUUUACGUCGGAUUAAUAAUAAUACAAACUAUAUUUUGGUUCGUGUGAAAUUUGGACGUUUGCUUUGGAACAACGUAUGACCGAAAUCGAAGGAAAAUAAUAUCUCGGAUACUACAUGAAGUCAGGACAACAAUACAAAAUUACGUCUACUAAUAAAAUAAUACUAAUUCAAUAACAUUUGAUUUAUGUCAUCCACACAAAAAUAUAUGCCUAUAACACGUGAUGCGAGUUCAGAUAUAUAGUGUAAUGCACAUGCGCAAAUUAUAUCGCAAGGAAUCGUCCAUUAAUUCCUUUAAUUACUCUCCAGUUUUCAGAUGAGUUUAUUCUACAGAUUUCCAGUUGGACGAUCGACACCUGAAUCGAUGCACACAUGAUAUUUAAGGUUCCUGGAUCCGUGUUUAAUAACUACUGAGCUUGCUUAUUAUUCCGCCAUGCGUACAGAAUAGCUUUUAUGAAGCAUGCGAUUUUAAUACUACCCUAUGCUGUUUCUGUCGUACACAUGACAGUAAAGAAAAUGAUAUUCUCUUACAAUCGAUUACUGUAGAGUUGCGGGAGAGUCUUCUUGUGCUACACUCCACAGAUGGACUAUUGUCUGAGUAGAUAUGCGUCUACGUUACCUGUGCGCUUAUGAGAAUCUGCGCCUUUGAGAGCACCGAGCCGAGCGAAUUUUAAUGUGGACAUCAUGUCUGGAGACAAAUAUGCACAAUCGCUGUUAAUUACAAUUAUGUUGUUAAUGAGUUAUCGUUGUUUUUCCAGUCUGCAUGAUGAAGAAGGUCAAGGCUUUCAUGUGAUGAAAGAACCUGGGGAUGUUAUACUCGGGGGUUUGUUUCCUAUCCACGAGAAGGGAUCCAACGGAGCACCUUGUGGCAAAGUGAACGUUGAUCGAGGAAUUCAGCGAGCGCAAGCGAUGCUUUAUGCCGUCAAGAAGAUUAACAAUGAUUCGAACCUGCUGAACGGGCUUCGGCUAGGCGCUGAGAUACGCGAUACAUGCUCUCUCGAUAUUUACGCAUUAGAGCAAUCCUUGCAAUUUGUCAGAUCCUCUUUAAGUUCAGAAGAGUUCUCAAAUUGUCCGUGUGAUCACGAUGGUUCGAGCAUCUUCGGUGAUCAGGUUUUGUUCGGAGUUAUUGGCGGAUCUUACAGUACCGUGACGUCACAAGUAGCGAAUCUUCUUCGUCUCUUUAAGUUACCUCAGAUAAGUUACGCUUCCACCAGCGCCCAACUGUCAGACAAAACCAGGUUUGAUUACUUCGCUCGAACUGUGCCGCCCGAUACACUUCAGGCUAAAGCUAUGGUAGAUAUUGUUGCUGCAUUUCAAUGGGAUUAUGUUUCCACGGUAGCGUCAGAGGGGCAGUAUGGGGAACCAGGAAUUGAUCAAUUUGAGAGAGAAGCAAGAGCUAAGAAUAUAUGCAUUGCUGCAUCGGAAACGGUGCCAUUACUCUCCAACAACAUUACAUUUGAUAAGAUUGUUAAAAACCUUGAUAAUAAUAACGCUAAGGCCAGAGCAGUAAUUUUGUUCACCCGCAUGGAAGACGCCAGGGAAAUUAUGGCCGCGGCUCAGAGAGCUGGGUAUAACUUCGUGUGGUUAGCUAGCGACGGUUGGGGGGUACAAGAUGUACCCGUACAAGGAAACGAGGCAGUCGCGCAAGGUGCUAUAACUAUAGAACUACAAACAAAAAAUAUACAGGAAUUCGAUGAAUAUUUUUUGAACCUAAGCCCAGAGAAUCAAGAAGGAAACGCCUGGUUUAAAGAGUUUUGGGAAUAUCAAUUUAAUUGUCAAUUGGAGAGCAAUGUAUCGAAACAAACUCAAAAACAAUGUGAUGACACUUUACAACUUACCAACGAUACCUACGUGCAGGAAAAAAAGAUUCAAUUUGUUGUCGAUGCCGUAUACGCUAUGGCGCAUGCGCUAGAUAACUUUCGGCACGAUUCUGCGAAAAAUUGCACAUUUGAGAAAAACAUAUUUUGCGGACUGCCAACUGCCGAUGAUGGAAAAAUAUUCUACUCAGACUACAUACUUAACGUCACCUUUGAAGAUAUUACAGGGUCGAGGGUACGCUUUGAUGAGAGAGGAGAUGGCCCAGGCCGAUACGAUAUCAUGAAUUAUCGUCUAGGAAAUGAUAACCGUUACCAUUACGUCAAUGUCGGAAAUUGGUCGAUGGGAACUCUUCAUUUAGACACUGAAAAAGUUCAAUUUAACAAGAAACUUUCGGUAGAUAAUGCCGUUCCCCUUUCCCAGUGUAGUGAACCUUGUAAAAAAGGAGAGGUGAAAAAUCUCCAGGAAGGGGAACCUUGCUGUUGGAUUUGUUUUCCGUGCAGUGAGAAUGAGUUUCUUGUGGACGAGUUUACUUGCAAGAAAUGUAAAUUAGGAGACUGGCCGAACAAGGAAAAAACAGGCUGUGAGGAAAUUUCAAUUGAUUAUAUGCAUUGGAACGAAGGCUGGUCUAUAAUUCCAGUUAUUUUCAGCCUAGGGGGUGUCAUUGCGACAUUACUGGUAAUUUGCAUAUUCAUCAAAUUCAACGAUACGCCGGUCGUGCGUGCGAGCGCGCGAGAGUUAAGCUACUUCUUAUUGGCUGGUGUUAUCUGGUGUUAUUUUAUGACGUUUGUGAUCCUAGCAAAGCCAUCUCUGUCGUCUUGUACGCUGCGUCGAGUUGGUAUUGGAAUCUCUUUCACAAUGUGUUAUUCGGCACUAUUAACAAAAACGAAUCGCAUAGCACGAAUCUUCAAUUCAACUCAGACUCCUCAACGACCAAAGUACAUAAGCCCCUUCUCACAACUAAUAAUAUGCAUGGUGAUGGUAGGGGUACAAUUAGUUGGUUCCUUACUAUGGCUCAUAAUAGAGAGGCCAGGAACACGUCUUGACUAUUCAAUCAACAAUUCUAAUGUCGUUUUAAAAUGUAGUGCAUCAGACGUAUCACUAAUGGUGUCGUUAGCAUACGCGAUACUUUUAGUAUUUUGCUGUACUGUAUACGCGUUUAAAACGCGUAAAAUCCCAGAGAGCUUCAACGAAGCAAAGUUUAUUGCGUUCACCAUGUACACAACAUGUAUAGUGUGGUUGGCGUUCGUACCUUUAUACUUUGGAACAGCAAACGAUUUCCGGGUACAAAGUACAACACUGUGCGUGGCUAUUAGUUUGAGCGCCACGGUGACCCUCGGCUGUAUGUUCCUCCCCAAGGUCUACAUUAUCGUCUGCCAACCUGAAAAGAAUGUGCGCUCUAUGAGUCGUAGCCAAGCGAGACAGGAGAAUAAUACAGCACGAAUGACAUCUACUGAAACUUCAUAUUACGGUAAAGUACCACAAGAUGAAGAGGGAAAGCAAGCUGAAACGACAGAGUAAACAGAUCAACUAGAAGGCAAAAUGCAUGGGCCUGGAAGCUAGGCCUAUUCUACAAAUCCUGAAGGACUAAGUAUUCCUCCAUGCUACGGAAAAAACCUCACCGCGGUUUUUCUGCAGAACUUGAAGUUCGUGGCAGCAAAACCACCGCACAGACCUACUAUUAUUCCCUUCGUUGUGAAUGUUGAGAAAGACGUGAUAGCGUAUGUUGCGUUGGGAUAAUACAGUGGAAAUGCGAAGGGUAGGUAUAGAUAGAAGUUACGUAUGUGAUAUUAAAGGAAAUUCCAAUAAAUACAACGUAUCUGACAAUGCACCAGUAUACCGAAGCCAUGUCUGGUAAGAGGGUGGACAUAAGCAUGGGCUACAGCAGCUGACAACCUCUCGUGAUACCUCCUUGAAGCUAAGCCUUGUUAUUGAAGAAAUACGGACAUCUUCGACAAAAGGUCACCCUAUGUCCAAACGAUUAUGGCUAUCUAUAAAUGACGACGAUCUGCGGUUCCAGAUACGGUUUUAGACACUGCUCAAGGGAUCCGAUACACCAGGAAAUAGUGAUCUCUGAUUAAGUAGUACAGCAUUUACAGGACAAACUCCAAGAUUUUCAAGAAAAUAUUGCAGGGGGAGAGUUAUGCCGGUCAUACACCGCGUACGAACGUCUACUGAUUGUUGAUGCAAACUGAGGGGAUUAAACGAUUACGACUGAGGCUCUGUGCCCGGCUUUAUAUAACAUAUUUUUAGAUUUAACUUCAAUAACCAGAUACUUGGGCAUUAGCUGAAGUACCAAUAUCCAAAGACUGGAUAAAAUAUAUAAAUAUUAGUGCUUUUAUCACUAUUCCCUAUUAUAUAAAAUUAUAUGCCAGAUAUCAAAAGAAAUAAACUUUAAAUUUACAAGAUUGUGACACACCCUACCUCGUUUGGACUUCCCAAUAAUGUAUAGUGUCAUUGUAACUAGAAACCUCGUCUAGAGCAGUGGUAAGGUCAACCUGGGGUCGAGGGCAUAUGACCUCCACGCCAAAAACCCCUGGACCCGUACCCCCGUAGGGUAAAAAGCCAACCAUUUCGUCUGCAUUUUUACAGUCUGGGAGUGCCAUUUCCAGGCAUCAUGUGCCUAUUCUUAAAAUUGCUCUAUCCAUGAAGUUUGAGGUGGUCGUGGACCCCUCUCGGGAAUCUCGGACCUACCGUACUGUCGGGAAAUCUCUGACUGGUCUAGAACCUAAAUGUUUAUAUUCAAAUUCUAAAUUUCGCCAUCAACGGACAUUAGGUGGUGAAUUUAAUUACUGGAGAGCACGGACUCAGUCUUACAUUUGACAUCAUAAUCUUUCAUGGACGUGGGAAAAAUCACUACAUAGGCCUACUUUUCAAAAAUGUGUAACGCAAAAUGUACGCGUGUAUAGUGCACGUGUGUGCAGUGUACACCUAAAUCCGAGGUAACAUUAAAAGAAAUUGUAAACCAAAGAGGGCGGCGGGAACACAAUACUUUUUGUUUUUAUAUAUUUCAAAUAAUGAAAUAUUUAUAUAAUGUUAAAUAUUACGUAUAUGCAUCGGACGAUGCGUUGUCAAACUACGGAUCGGAGGAUGCGUUGUCAAACUACGGUUCGGUCGAUACGUUGUCAAACUACGAAUGAAUAGGUACCUAAACCCGUUGUUAAACUAAACGGAUGAAUAGCUAGUUGUUAAAGUUAACGGAUAAUUUGCUGUUGUAGUUAACCACUUAUAUGACCACUUGUGUAUGAUGAAAUCCAAAUAAGAGUAAAUCAUUUAAAAGAUUGUACGGGUAAAAAAGUAAUGUUUCUUAUACUAGCUAGAUAGCAGAAUAAUAAAACGUCUAGCCUGUUUGCGUUUA